AUGCGCUACUAUGUUGUGGAUUCGGAGGAUCCAAAUGGUGAUGUUGGAGAUGUACGCAUAGCAGCUACUGAAAAUUCUAAAUUUUCUUGUGAAACAGUACUGUUAGCUCAGAAGAUUUUUUUAUUGGACGAACAAAUCCAGCCUUCCACAGAGCCAGAAGAAAAGAAGAAACGAACUGUGGAACUUUCCGGCGAUGGAGCACAGCAUCGGUAA